GGCCAGAGCCAUACUUAGUGUUUGGCACAUGGUUUACUGUAUCUCGUAUGAACUUGGAUGGUUCCAACUAUUCAGUGCUUGUGGAUAGUACAACUAACUCAGGCAUUCAUGCCGUGGAUUACCACUUGAGGAUAAACAAACUCUUCUGGACCCACUACCGAGAUGGUACCAUUCACCAAGCUAAUAUGGAUGGGUCACUCCCUAUAGAAAUUUUCUCCAAUGUCACCAGACCAAGUGGACUGGCAGUGGACUGGAUAAACAAUAGAGUUUACUACUCAUUUGGUGAUUUUGGGUCACUUACAGUUAACCCUAACCAUCUCGCUGUUUACGAUAUGUCUACUGGAACAACUACUGAGAUUACUGCGGUAAUAGAUCAGACACAUGCAGUGUUUCAUGACAUAGCAAUUGAUCCUUUACAG